GGAUGCGAGGGCUGUCUUUUGACGGUCGGCUGUCAACAACUCGUCGGCGAGGAAGCAAGAGUGACAUUUGCUAAGCUAAGAGUAUAUGACUUAUUUUUCUACCAACGCCUGAUUUAUUUUCCCUAUUUGUGGUAUUAGGCAGGACGAGUAAUGUCCUGACGCGAGUUACCCAGUUGGCUAGUUCCGAGCUAGCUACUACGUAGCUGGCUUUGGUGUUGUAAGGACUGACUGCAGUCAAGUGUGGUGGCGUGGCCAGCCAUUAAAACUAUCAAUCGUCUCGAAACGACUCCAGGUAUCCUGCUUCCUCCUGAGAGAUAUUCCAAUUAGAGCAGCCUGCCAUGGAUCCCUUUGACAGUAACAAUUCAGAGCGAGCCAGCCUGCCAAGGAACAUGAUUGAGAAUAGCAUGUUUGAAGAAGAGCCUGACAUUGUGGAUCUGGCCAAAGACUCUACAGCAUAUCCGACAUUUCCAAGUCUUGACCCAGAUGAGGUAGUGUAUGAGCCUCGCAGCUCUCGCCUGCUGGUGCGAGGGCUCGGUGAGAAUGAUGUGGAUGACGAUGAGGAGGACUGUGAGUCGUCAGCUCGACUACUAGGCAUGUCUUUCAUGAAUCGCAGCUCUGCCCAGAGAUCUAACUCCUCCCCUUACGCCAGACAGGCCCCACCAAGAUCUUGUUCACCUCCCUCAGCCCGCACCACAGUUGUGUGUGUGUUAUUUCUGGUAAUAGUGGCCUCCAUGACAAUGGUAUUGUACUUUUUGCCUGGGUGCACCUUUACUAAGAAGGGUUGCCCAAAACCCGAAAACAAGACGUCUAAUGGCACUGAUGACGAACUCUUCCCAUGGGCAGAAUUCCGCCUUCCUCGCAGCAUAAGUCCUCUCAGCUAUGACCUCACCUUGAGCCCCGACUUUAACAACAUGGCUUUUACUGGCCACACUGUCAUCAACAUGUCAGUACUUCACAACACCAAACGCAUUGUCUUGCACAGUGCUAAUCUCAACAUUACCAAAGCUACUUUCAAGCUUGGUGAUGGGGACGCCAGUGAAGUUAAUAUUCUCGAAUAUAAACCCAGACAGCAGAUAGCUGUUAAGUUCUCUGAAGAACUGAAAGCAGGACAGAACUGUGUGCUGACUCUGGAUUACACUGCUGAUCUAUCGCACACCUACAGUGGUUUCUACAACAGUUCUUACACAGAUGAAGAUGGUAACAAAAGGGUUCUAGCUGCUACCCAGUUCGAGCCACUCUAUGCUCGGAUGGCCUUCCCUUGCUUUGAUGAGCCAUUAUUCAAAGCCACUUUUAAGGUUAAAAUCAACAGGAAACCAGAAUACAUGACCCUCUCCAAUAUGCCCAAGGUGAAGACAACGUUGCUUCCCAAUGGCUUUAUGCAGGACGAAUUUGCAAAGACCAAUGUCAAAAUGAGCACCUACUUGGUGGCAUUCAUCGUUGGCAACUUCACCCCCACCAGCAAAAACAUCUCUGACAUUGUGGUGUCCGUGUACAGUGUCCCAGAGAAGAGGGAUCACACCGACUACGCUCUAGACACAGCAUCCAAACUACUGGAGUUUUACAAUGACUUCUUUGAAAUUAAAUAUCCUCUCCAGAAACUAGAUUUGGUAGGCAUUCCAGACUUUUUGGCUGGAGCUAUGGAGAACUGGGGCCUGAUCACCUUCAGAGAGACGACCCUGCUCGUGGGGAGACAAUCCUCUCCUAUGGAAAAACAAGUUGUUGCUUCGGUCAUUGCUCAUGAGCUGGCUCAUCAGUGGUUUGGAAACUUGGUUACAAUGAGCUGGUGGAGUGACCUUUGGCUAAAUGAAGGCUUUGCAACCUACAUGCAGUACAUGUCUUUGCAGAAAGUGCUGCCACAGCUGGACAUUGGCAACUUGUUCUUAGCCAUGAGGUUCCGUGCCAUGGACAAAGAUGCACUCAACUCCUCCCACGCCGUGUCUACUGAAGUAAACACAGCGGAGCAGGUGGAAGAGAUGUUUGACUCGGUCUCCUAUGAGAAGGGGGCUUCCAUUCUUCUGAUGUUGAACGCCUCCUUGCCAGGUGAUCAGCAGUUCAGAAAAGGUAUCAUUCAGUAUCUGAAACAGUUCAGUGGAUUAAACACAGACACCGGUGACCUCUGGAACAGUCUUACAGAGGUUGAAGUCCCAAAUCAGCAUCCCAAUGUGUCAGAGAUGAUGGGGUCAUGGACAUACCAGAAAGGCUUCCCAUUGGUUACCGUGUCCCGCAAGGGGGAUCAGGUGACAUUAACACAGGAGCACUUCCUGCUCAAGUCGGACGACACCUUACACUCCUCCAGCAUGUGGACUGUUCCAGUGACGUAUGUGAAUGACAGCUGUAGCUUGUCUCCGGAGUGUGCACAGUUGUUCACUCUGAGUACCAAGUCAGGGACUUUUAAGGUGCCAGAAAGUGUGAAGUGGCUGAAGCUGAACUACAAGAAUACAGGCUUCUAUAUUGUCGACUAUGGUGAUGAUGGUUGGGGUUCUCUGAGAGACGCUCUAUCUAACAACGUCAAAGUUCUCACACAGGAGGACCGUGCCUCGCUGAUACACAACAUCUUCUCUCUCUCCAAACUGGGACGUGUGUCCUUCCGUCAAGUCCUCAGCCUCCUAAACUACAUGCCCAAUGAAACUGAGACGUCUCCUGUGAGAGAGGCCUUGCUGCAGCUCAACAACAUUUAUCAUCUACUCUACAAGCGAUACGAACAAGGCCUUGUCACACGCAUGAAGUUGUACAUUCUGAAACAAUUUGGUGCGCUGAUGGAGAACCAAACAUGGACCAAGGAGGAGAGUGUGUCCAAGCAGGAGUUGCGUUCAGCCCUUCUGGAGACCGCUUGCUAUCUGGAUGAAGAAAAAUGCACGCAGCAAGCCAAAACCUUGUUUAAGCAGUAUGUCGACUCCAAUGGAACCACCCAGAUCCCAGGAGAUCUGCAGCAAGUUGUAUUCAGUGUGGCGGCUCGGUCCAUUGAUGACUGGGGAACACUGCUCAACAUGUAUCAGUAUGCCACCUAUGACUCAGAGAAGCAAAAGAUCCUACAGGGAUUAGCUUCCACUCAGGACACAGGCAGUAUCAUAUGGCUUCUCAGUGCAGGAUUACACGGCAAUGUCAUCCCAACACAGGAGCUUCCUUUAGUCAUCAGCACUGUCUGCAGAAGCUUUCCUGGCAACUUGUUUGCUUGGGAUUUCAUUCAGGAGAACUGGAACAGGCUCAUAGAAAAGUUUCCAGUAGGUUCCUUUGCCAUCCAAAGAAUAAUCAAGUCUGCCACUUCUCAGUUCUCCACACAGUCACAUCUUAAUCAGGUGCAGAGUUUCUUGUCCAGUCUGAAGGAACGCGGCUCUCAGUUGCGAAGUGUACAGGAAGCUUUGGAUACCAUACGACUAAACCAACGCUGGAUGGAGAGAAACCUUCCUUCGUUCCACAAAUGGCUGUAAUGCAGGCACACUUUUCAAUUUUCUCUCCACCCUUGCCUCCGAUAUCAGUUAACAUGACCCACGAGGGUACAUUGUCAAGGCAACUGUUUGCACUAUUGUCUCCUAGCUCUGUUGAAGCAGGCCUGAGUACAAGUCAGUGCUCAAGCUGACGGAGUGAUCCUCUCAUGUAUUGCUCCUGUGAGAUGUUAGCUAGCUCAGGAUGGCUCUGAUUGUAUCUGACAGUGUGAUGUCAGGUCUAAACACUCCUCACACUUGAAGCUGUCGACCAAACCUUACAACAGACAAUCAUGCUGUCCAUUUUGCUUUACAGACACUUGCCUCCGUCAGCCUUUUUCCCAGCCAUUGCAUGAGCUGGUCAAGCUCUGCUCCGAAAUGUAAUAUGAACAAUGACAACAUUACAGUAUUUAUUUCCUGCCCAUAAUGCCUGGACUACAUCUUUGCUUUAAUAUAUUGACUCUGCUGUCAGGGAUUCCUCAUGGGCUUGCUACCUAAAUUUCCGAAGUUUCCUCUUGGUCAAAUCUGCACAGCAUCAAGGUCAGCUUGUAAUUAUGCAUUCUGUAUAUUAAUGAAAGCUGGAGCAUCUGUUUCAUUACUAAUACGGACCUUGGCUGAUUGUGCAUAAGAAGCCCUUCUCACUGUGUACAGUAGAUGGGGCAGUAUACCACUGUGCUGCUUUCAAGCAACCAACGUGUCUUGAACUGAAGCGGGCAGCACACCGGAUACACAUUGACUUCAUUCUUUCCAUUUCUCUCCAAAAUCCCAGUUUGAUAUAUCUUAAGAGUAGCGAUCACUAAAUUCAGUUUUGGACAUGUGCUGGCAAAACAGUUGAUUCAAUGUAAAGCUAUUUGGGUCAAACAGCAGUUUGGACAUGCUAUUUUUACGUGACAAAACCUGAUUUUAGCCUUCGCUUGUGUACAUAAAAUGUAAAGAGGGCAUUUAUUACAAGAAUAUGAUCAAGGCUCUUGCACAGACACUUUUUACUGUGUUUCUUUGAUGCAUACCACCGCUGGGAGGUCGCUUGCUGAGGAAUUGUUUAAGGGCUAAGAAUGUUUAUAUGGAGAAUCUGACCUCAUCUUGAUACAAAGGUUUAAAGUUACUCCAGCUCCAGAGUAAAGAGCUGUCUAACUAUUUAUUAUCUUUACUGGACCCCCAGCCCACCCCCACCCCAUUUUGUUGGUUCCCAAAUGUGUUCAGUGACAUGUACGGAGAUUAAUUUUGACCAUACACAUUUAACAUCUUGUCACAUUUCAGGAGUUACCAUGUAUGUUCCAGAUUCCCAUUUAAAAGCACAGCGUUUCCGGUUCAAUCUGCACCUUUUGUGCAUGUUUGUAGUCGCCAGCGAUAAUGUAAACACUCAUUGAAACGGUGUGGACUGAGACAGGAGAUUACAUUACACGAGGCGUAACCUUUCUGAAGCUCUGACAAAGUGCAGCUAUGCUGAAGAUACACAUCAAGUCAUGGGACUCAAUACAUCAGCACAUCAUCUGAUUGUCUCUGAUGACCUGAGCAGACCUUUCACCCAACGUGCCGAAAUGCAAAAUGAUGCUUUGUUGACAUUACGCAAACACAAAUCGUGUUUGUUGUAAGAGGUUUUUUGUGAUGAUUAAAUCUGGGUGGCUCAGGGCGUACAGUGUUGUCUCUCACUGGUUCCCUUACCUAAACUGGUCCUGAGUCCUUUGACUUUAAAUACCCUUUAGACAAAGUAACAACCAUGUUGUUCAUUGUAAGUACAUCCAACGUUUUAUUUAUUAUUAAAAUGUACCAAAUGUACUAUUAAUAAAGCAACAGCAACCUCUUUUUUUACAGACAUCUUGCAAAAUUGUGCAGAAUCCUCCAAUCAGAUCAUUAGACAGGUGUGAUGAGGUCAUCUCCAAAGUGUGGUUUGAUGAACAAAGUGCUUGUCAGCCUGUUGUUAACUCCAGGGUUGUAGAAGGUAAGUGUUAGCACUCCUCUAGUCUAUGCCUCCUCCAUGAUACUGCAUUUCAUUAGACGUUGUCACAGAAUCAUGGAGGAGGUUCGGGUGAUGAAUGCUCACAGAUGUGAAAAUGUGUUUCGGAAGCAUUUAGCAAAAAGCUGCCAAAGUGCAUAAUUUUUAUUGUAGGAGCUUUGAUUAUCAAAGGCUCUUGUCCAGCGAUUUAUCAGCAAAUAAAUCACUGAGGAACAUGUGCAACGAGCGAUCAAUAAUGAUGUCCUUUUUUUGCACUUGGAUUAAUUAAAUUAUUUCUGUAUUUCAUUUUGGGGGUGAGGCUGUGUGUGAACAAAUGUUAAAUAAAGUUUUCUUUUUAUGGUG